AUACCCAUAUAUAUUAUACCCAUAUAUAUUAUUACUAUCGCCAUAGCAUUAUUAGCAAAUCCAAACCUAAAAAGAGAGAGAGAGAGAGAGAGAGAGAGAGUUGCUAUCAUCGUCGAAGAUAUGGGGAGAAAGUUCUUCGUUGGCGGUAACUGGAAAUGCAAUGGAACCUCAGAAGAGGUGAAGAAGAUAGUUUCGGUCCUUAACGCUGGUGAAGUGCCUUCUCAGGAUGUUGUGGAGGUGGUUGUGAGCCCUCCGUAUGUGUUCCUACCAUUGGUGAAAGAUUUGUUGAGGCCUGAUUUUCACAUUGCUGCUCAAAAUUGUUGGGUCAAAAAGGGAGGUGCUUUCACUGGUGAGGUUAGUGCAGAGAUGCUCGUCAACAUGGGCAUUCCUUGGGUCAUUCUUGGUCAUUCUGAGAGGAGGGCUCUGUUAAAAGAAUCAAAUGAGUUUGUUGCAGAUAAGGUUGCAUAUGCUCUUUCUCAAGGUUUGAAGGUAAUUGCUUGUAUUGGAGAGACUCUUGAGCAGCGAGAAUCAGGAUGUACCAUGGAUGUUGUCGCUGCACAAACUAAGGCAAUUUCAGAAAAAGUAUCAAAUUGGGCAAAUGUUGUUUUGGCUUAUGAGCCUGUUUGGGCCAUUGGAACUGGAAAGGUUGCAAGCCCUGCCCAAGCUCAGGAGGUGCAUGCUGAAUUGAGGAAAUGGCUUCAAGCGAACACCAGCCCUGAAGUUGCUGCUACAACCCGGAUUAUCUAUGGAGGUUCAGUCAGUGGUGCUAACUGCAAGGAACUGGCAGCAAAACCUGAUGUUGAUGGUUUUCUGGUUGGUGGAGCUUCUCUUAAGCCGGAAUUCAUCGAGAUUAUCAAGGCUGCUGAGGUGAAGAAAAGUGCCUAAGUUGGUAUCAUCAGUUAUUGGUAGGUGAGAUUUGAAGUUUUUGUUAAAUGAGGUUUGACGAUGGAUUAGUACAAAGCCUCAGAGAGAGAUAAAGAUUAUGCCUUGUAAGCUUGGCAGUACUUUAAAUUGAAUUGCAUGUAUGAAUAAAUCUGACUGAUUAUUCCCCGGUAUGCCCACAUAAGCAACUUUUUUUCAUAUUACCUGAA